AUGGCCAACCUCGGCGGCGGCGCCGAGGCGCACGCGCGGUUCAAGCAGUACGAGUACCGCGCCAACUCCAGCCUCGUCCUCACCACCGACUCCCGCCCGCGGGACACCCACGAGCCCACCGGCGAGCCCGAGACUCUCUGGGGCAGGAUCGACCCCAGGUCUUUCGGUGACCGCGCCGUCCAGAACAAGCCGCCCGAGCUCGAGGAGAAGCUCUCCAAGUCGCGCACCAAGAAGUCUAAGCGCGACGCUGCCGCCGCGGUCGACCCCGACCUCCCCCGUCGCGACGCCAAGCGCAGGCGCCGCGCCGCUUCCGCCCAGGAGGUCUCCGUCCUCUCCCUCACCGACGACGCCGUCUACAAGCCCCAGACCAAGGAGACGCGCGCCGCCUACGAGGCCUUGCUGAGUCUCAUCCAGCAGCAGCUCGGCGGCCAACCCCUUGACGUCCUCGCCGGGGCUGCUGACGAGGUGCUCGCCACGCUCAAGAAUGACAAGGUCAAGAACCCUGAUAAGAAGAAGGACAUUGAGCAGCUGCUCAACCCUAUCUCCAGCCAGCUCUUUGACCAGCUUGUCUCCAUCGGCAAGAUCAUCACCGACUUUCAUGAUGCGGCGGCCGGUGAUGCUGCCGGUGCGCCUUCUGCCGACGGCAUGGACACCACCCUGGAUGAUGAUGUUGGUGUUGCUGUCGAGUUUGAAGAAGAUGAAGACGAGGAGAGUGAUUUUGAUCAGGUGCAAGAUGAGCUGGAUGAGGAUGACGAAGAUGACAUGGCUGAGUUGAAUGGUCCUGGAGGUAUGCAGAUGAGCGGUGAGUUAGACGAUGAUGACAUGCAGAACGCCAACCAGGGGCUGGCUGUCAAUGUUCAGGACAUCGAUGCUUACUGGCUCCAGAGGAAGAUAUCCCAGGCAUAUGGGGAUGGGGACAUUGAUGCCCAGCAGAGCCAGAAGCUUGCCGAGGAUAUCUUGAAGAUCAUUGCUGAGGGCGACGACAGAGACGUCGAGAAUCGCCUUGUCAUGCUCUUGGACUAUGAGAAGUUUGAUCUCAUUAAGUUGCUGCUGCGCAACCGUCUCAAGAUUGUUUGGUGCACCCGCUUAGCCAGGGCUGAAGAUCAGGAACAGAGGAAGAAGAUAGAGGAAGAGAUGGCAAGUGACCCAAGCUUGGCUCCAAUAUUGGAGCAGCUACAUGCAACCAGAGCAUCUGCAAAGGAGAGGCAGAAGAACCUGGAGAAAAGCAUCAGGGAUGAGGCUAAGAGGCUCCUCAACAAUGAUGCUGCUGCUGGCGCUGAUGGUGCCAGGGACCGCAGGGCAGCCGAGCGGGACAUGGAGAGUGGAUGGCUGAAAGGACAGAGACAGCUGCUUGAUCUCGAAAGCCUCUCGUUCCAUCAGGGUGGUCUCUUUAUGGCUAACAAGAAAUGUGAACUUCCGACUGGAUCGUUUAGAACCCCUCAUAAGGGAUAUGAGGAGGUUCAUGUGCCAGCACUGAAGGCUAAGCCCUAUGAAACAGGGGAGAAGAUUGUCAAGAUAUCUGAUAUGCCAGAGUUUGCACGGUCAGCUUUCGAUGGGAUGACCCAGCUGAACAGAGUUCAGAGCAGGGUCUAUGAUACUGCUCUUUUCAAACCAGACAAUAUCCUUCUCUGUGCUCCGACUGGUGCUGGCAAAACAAAUGUGGCCGUGCUUACCAUCCUUCAGCAGAUCGGUCUGCAUAUGCAGGAUGAUGGAGUGUUUGAUAAUACCAAGUACAAAAUUGUCUAUGUGGCCCCGAUGAAAGCGUUGGUUGCUGAAGUCGUUGGAAACUUGUCGAAGCGUUUGGCAGGUUACAAUGUUACUGUUAGGGAGCUCAGUGGAGACCAGAACUUGACCAAGCAACAGAUUGAUGAAACACAGAUUAUUGUCACGACACCUGAGAAAUGGGAUAUUGUGACCAGGAAAUCAGGGGACAGAACCUAUACCCAAAUGGUGAAGCUGUUAAUCAUUGAUGAGAUCCAUCUGCUACAUGAUAACAGAGGGCCUGUUCUGGAGAGCAUUGUUGCUAGGACAGUCAGGCAGAUUGAGACGACCAAGGAGCAUAUUCGUCUGGUUGGGCUCUCUGCGACUCUACCAAACUAUGAAGAUGUUGCAUUAUUCUUGCGCGUUCGCAAAGAAAGCCUCUUCUAUUUUGACAACAGUUACCGACCUUGCCCUCUUGCUCAGCAAUACAUUGGGAUCACUGUGAGGAAGCCACUACAGAGGAUGCAGUUGAUGAAUGAGAUUUGUUAUGAGAAGGUUAUGGCUGCCGCUGGUAAGCAUCAAGUGCUUAUAUUUGUACACUCAAGGAAGGAGACGGCAAAGACUGCCAAAGCCAUCAGAGAUACGGCGUUGGCAAAUGACACAGUCAGCCGCUUUCUGAAGAACGAGAGUGCAAGCCAAGAGAUCCUUGGCACUCAUGCUGAACUUGUCAAAAACAAUGACCUUAAAGACCUUUUGCCUUAUGGGUUUGCUAUUCAUCAUGCUGGGAUGGCAAGGGUUGACCGUGAGCUUGUUGAGGAACUUUUUGCUGACAAGCACAUUCAAGUACUUGUAUCCACUGCUACCCUUGCAUGGGGUGUCAAUUUGCCUGCACAUACUGUUAUCAUAAAGGGUACGCAGAUUUACAACCCAGAAAAAGGUGCUUGGACAGAACUAAGCCCUCUGGAUGUCAUGCAGAUGCUUGGUCGUGCAGGAAGGCCUCAGUAUGAUACACAUGGAGAGGGAAUAAUCUUGACUGGCCACAGUGAAUUGCAGUUCUACCUGUCUCUUAUGAACCAGCAGCUGCCUAUUGAGAGUCAGUUCAUAUCCAAAUUGGCUGAUCAAUUGAAUGCAGAGAUUGUUCUGGGGACUAUUCAGAAUGCUCGUGAAGCAUGCUCGUGGCUUGGCUAUACUUACCUCUACAUUCGGAUGCUCCGCAAUCCAACAUUGUAUGGUCUGCCAGCAGAUAUCUUGGAGAGUGAUAAAACGCUUGAUGAAAGGAGAGCUGAUUUGAUACAUUCCGCUGCAAAUCUACUGGAUAGGAACAAUCUGAUAAAGUAUGACAGGAAAACAGGAUACUUUCAAGUUACUGACCUGGGAAGGAUUGCCAGUUAUUACUAUAUCAGUCAUGGAACUAUUUCAACAUACAAUGAGUACCUGAAACCUACAAUGGGUGAUAUCGAACUGUGCCGACUGUUUUCUCUGAGUGAAGAAUUUAAGUAUGUAGGUGUCAGGCUUGAUGAGAAAAUGGAACUGGCAAAGCUUUUGGAUCGUGUGCCAAUACCUGUGAAAGAGAGCUUGGAGGAACCCAGUGCAAAGAUCAAUGUUCUGCUGCAAGCAUAUAUUUCUAGGUUGAAACUGGAAGGCCUUUCUCUUAGUUCUGAUAUGGUCUACAUCAGACAGAGUGCUGGCCGUCUCUUACGAGCACUAUUUGAGAUUGUUUUGAAGAGGGGAUGGGCUCAACUAGCGGAGAAAGCGCUGAAUCUUUGCAAGAUGGUUGAUAAACAAAUGUGGAGUGUCCAAACUCCCUUGCGGCAGUUUACUGGAAUUCCAAAGGAGAUCUUGAUGAAACUCGAGAAGAAGGAGUUGGCUUGGGAGAGGUACUACGAUCUGUCCUCACAAGAAAUUGGUGAACUGAUCCGCUAUCCCAAGAUGGGGAGGCAGCUGCACAAGUGCAUCCACCAGUUACCAAAGCUGAAUCUUUCAGCCCAUGUCCAGCCCAUUACUCGUACAGUUUUGGGUUUUGAGCUGACAAUUACACCUGAUUUCCAGUGGGAUGAUAAGGUACAUGGAUACGUGGAGCCCUUUUGGGUUAUUGUUGAGGACAAUGAUGGCGAGUACAUUCUUCACCAUGAAUAUUUCAUGCUUAAGAAACAGUAUGCUGAUGAAGAUCAUACAUUGAACUUCACAGUGCCGAUAUAUGAGCCACUGCCUCCUCAGUAUUUCAUUCGUGUUGUGUCUGACAAGUGGCUUGGUUCUCAGACAAUUCUCCCUGUCUGCUUUAGGCACUUAAUUCUACCAGAAAAAUAUGCUCCACCAACUGAAUUGCUUGAUCUGCAGCCUCUGCCUGUUAGCGCAUUGAGAAAUGCAAGAUAUGAGGGCCUCUAUAGUGCUUUUAAGCAUUUCAAUCCCAUCCAAACUCAAGUAUUCACUGUCUUGUAUAACAGCGAUGACAGCGUGUUGGUCGCUGCGCCAACUGGCAGCGGGAAGACGAUAUGUGCGGAGUUUGCUGUACUAAGGAACCACCAGAGGGCAGUGUCUGGUGAGAGCAACAUGCGGGUUGUUUAUAUAGCUCCAAUUGAAGCUCUUGCGAAAGAAAGAUACAGGGACUGGGAGCGGAAAUUUGGAGAGUUUGCCAAGGUAGUUGAGCUCACUGGUGAAACAGCAGCUGAUUUGAAGCUUCUGGAUAAAGGUGAGAUCAUAAUCAGUACUCCUGAAAAGUGGGAUGCGCUGUCUCGCCGGUGGAAACAGCGAAAGCACAUCCAACAGGUCAGCUUAUUCAUAGUUGAUGAACUUCAUCUACUUGGAUCUGAUAAGGGACAUGUUUUGGAAGUCAUUGUAUCUAGGAUGAGGCGUAUUUCCAGUCAUAUUGGCAGUAACAUACGGAUCGUAGCACUUUCAGCAUCACUUGCUAAUGCUAAAGAUCUCGGUGAAUGGAUCGGUGCCACCUCUCAUGGCCUUUUCAACUUCCCUCCAGCAGUGAGACCUGUGCCAUUGGAAAUUCACAUCCAGGGUGUGGAUAUAGCAAACUUUGAGGCAAGGAUGCAAGCAAUGACAAAGCCUACCUACACUGCCAUCACACAGCAUGCAAAGAACAGUAAACCUGCCCUGGUGUAUGUACCGACAAGGAAGCAUGCAAUGUUGACUGCAUUGGACUUGUGUGCGUACUCUAGUGUUGAGGGUGCUGGAACACCAUUUCUUCUUGGGUCAGAAGAUGAGAUGGAUACUUUCACUAGAGGUGUUGAAGAAGAGACGCUUAAGAAUACACUUAAAUGUGGUGUAGGUUAUUUGCAUGAGGGUCUAAGUGAGCUUGAUCAGGAACUUGUAACCCAGCUGUUCCUUGGUGGGAGGAUCCAAGUGUGUGUUGCAAGCAGCACAAUGUGUUGGGGAAAACCAUUGCCUGCUCAUUUGGUUGUUGUCAUGGGGACUCAGUAUUAUGAUGGCCGGGAGAAUGCUCACACCGAUUAUCCAAUUACAGAUCUGCUUCAAAUGAUGGGUCAUGCCAGCAGACCACUUCAAGAUAACUCAGGGAAAUGUGUUAUAUUGUGUCAUGCACCUCGCAAAGAGUACUACAAGAAGUUCCUUUUUGAGGCCUUCCCUGUCGAGAGCAAUCUUCACCAUUUCUUGCAUGAUCACAUGAAUGCUGAGGUGGUGGUUGGUGUUGUAGAGAAUAAGCAAGAUGCUGUGGAUUAUCUUACUUGGACUUUCAUGUAUCGGCGGCUGACAAAGAAUCCUAACUUCUACAAUCUUCAGGGUGUAAGUCACCGGCAUCUUUCAGAUCAUCUUUCUGAGCUAGUUGAGACUGUCCUGAAUGAUCUUGAAUCAAGCAAGUGUGUGGCUAUAGAGGAGGACAUGUACCUGAAGCCCCUCAAUCUUGGCCUUAUUGCUUCAUACUACUAUAUCAGCUACACAACUAUUGAGCGUUUUAGUUCUAUGCUGACCCAGAAGACUAAGGUGAAAGGACUCCUGGAGAUUCUAGCAUCUGCUUCAGAAUAUGCAGAGCUUCCGGGUCGUCCUGGUGAGGAAGAAUUCAUUGAGAGACUUGUUCGCCACCAGAGGUUCUCUAUCGAGAAACCCAAGUAUGGCGAUCCGCAUGUGAAGGCCAAUGCUCUGCUGCAAGCCCAUUUUUCAAGGCACACAGUGGUUGGGAACCUGGCAGCUGAUCAGCGUGAGAUUCUCCUUUCUGCUCAUAGGUUGCUCCAGGCAAUGGUUGAUGUUAUAUCCAGCAAUGGUUGGCUUAGUCUUGCUCUUAGUGCAAUGGAGCUGAGUCAAAUGGUGACACAAGGCAUGUGGGAUCGGGAUUCUGUGCUGCUUCAAGUUCCACACUUCACAAAGGACUUGGCUCGGAGGUGCCAGGAAAAUGAAGGGAAGCCCAUCGAGAGUAUCUUUGAUCUUGCUGAGAUGGGUGUCGAUGAGAUGCGGGAUCUCUUACAGCUAUCAAACUCUCAGCUGCAAGACAUCAUUGAAUUUUUCAAGCGGUUCCCCAAUGUUGAUAUGACCUAUGAGGUCCGUGAGGGUGAUGAUAUAACCGCUGGUGACAAUGUAACCGUGCAGGUAACUCUGGAGCGUGACAUGACUAACGUGUCAUCUGAGGUUGGUCCAGUUCAUGCGCCAAGGUUUCCCAAGCCUAAGGAAGAAGGCUGGUGGCUGGUGAUUGGCGACAGCUCCACAAACCAGUUACUGGCAAUCAAAAGAGUGGCACUCCAGAAGAGGGCGAGAGUGAAACUUGAGUUCUCCGCUCCUGCAGAGACUGGGAGAAAGGAUUACAUGAUUUACUUGAUGUCAGACUCUUACUUGGGCUGCGAUCAGGAGUAUGAGUUCACCGUUGAUGUCAAGGAUGCUGGAGGGGAUUGA